AAUCCCCAGCGCCGCCACCGCCGCCAAAUUAAAUAAUCCGCCCGUUUGGCUCCCUUUCCACCCCCCCGCGCCGCCGCCGCCGCCGCUCUCAAUCCGCACGCUCGAGAGACCCCCCCCUCUUGACGACCACACACAUCCGCCUCGGUUAGGCCCCUUUUAUUUUCCCGCCGAGGGUGGGGGCCCCCUUGAAGGUAAGGGGUCGAGUUGUGGGCCUUGGAAGUGAGAGAUUAAAGAAAGGCCCAGAGGGGGGGGAAAGAGAGAAGCCCGGCUCCUGAAGAGGCGAGAAAUAAAACCCGAACUAAAAUUAAAAGGAAAAAAAAAAGGCGCGCAAGACCUGCGAGGAGCCGUCAGCGCCAGUCGAGGCCUCUCCAGCCUUGGGCCCAGCGAGGUAUCGGCUACUACAAAAAGAGAAGAAAGUGACAACCAAGUACGCUUACCAUCUACAACUGCUUUUUGAAUGUAUUUCUAAUACAGUAGUGUUCCAGAAGAUGAUAAAGAAAUGAUAGCAGCUCAAGAAGCAACAACUAAUCUUGCUCUGCUUCAGGAGUCUGAAACCCAUUUUUCUUCAGAUACUGACUUUGACGAUAUUGAAGGAAAAAACCAGAAACCAGGGAAAGGAAAGACCUGUAAAAAGGGGAAAAAGGGGACAGGAGAGAAGGGGAAAGGUGGAAACGGAGGAGGGAAACCUGGUGGUCCAAAUCGAAUGAAUGGGCAUCACCAGCAGAAUGGUGUGGAAAACAUGAUGCUGUUUGAAGUUGUUAAAAUGGGCAAGAGCGCUAUGCAGUCUGUGGUGGAUGACUGGAUAGAAUCCUAUAAACAUGACAGGGAUAUAGCACUUCUUGAUCUCAUCAACUUCUUUAUUCAGUGUUCAGGCUGCAAAGGGGUUGUAACAGCAGAGAUGUUUCGACAUAUGCAAAAUUCAGAAAUAAUUCGGAAAAUGACUGAAGAAUUUGAUGAGGAUAGUGGGGAUUAUCCACUUACCAUGGCUGGUCCCCAGUGGAAGAAAUUUAAGUCAAGCUUUUGUGAGUUUAUUGGAGUCUUGGUCCGGCAGUGUCAGUAUAGUAUCAUAUACGAUGAAUAUAUGAUGGACACAGUCAUUUCGCUACUCACAGGACUGUCAGACUCUCAAGUCAGGGCAUUUCGACAUACUAGCACACUGGCAGCUAUGAAACUGAUGACUGCAUUAGUGAAUGUGGCAUUAAAUCUGAGCAUUAAUAUGGACAAUACGCAGCGACAAUAUGAAACAGAACGAAAUAAAAUAAUUGGAAAACGAGCAAAUGAUAGACUGGAACUCUUGCUACAGAAAAGGAAAGAGCUUCAAGAAAAUCAGGAUGAAAUAGAAAAUAUGAUGAAUGCGAUUUUUAAAGGUGUAUUUGUUCAUAGAUACCGGGAUGCAAUAGCUGAAAUAAGAGCAAUCUGUAUUGAAGAAAUUGGGAUUUGGAUGAAAAUGUAUAGUGAUGCCUUUCUUAAUGACAGCUAUUUAAAAUACGUGGGGUGGACAAUGCAUGACAAGCAAGGGGAAGUAAGACUCAAAUGUCUUACAGCUUUGCAAGGACUUUACUAUAAUAAAGAACUUAACUCCAAAUUGGAACUCUUCACCAGUCGGUUCAAGGAUAGAAUUGUGUCUAUGACUCUCGACAAAGAAUAUGAUGUUGCAGUACAAGCAAUAAAACUACUUACUCUUGUUUUACAGAGUAGUGAAGAAGUUCUGACUGCAGAAGACUGUGAAAAUGUCUACCAUCUGGUUUACUCAGCUCAUCGGCCAGUAGCUGUAGCAGCAGGAGAAUUUCUGUAUAAAAAGCUUUUCAGUCGCAGAGAUCCUGAAGAAGAUGGAAUUCUUAAAAGAAGGGGAAGACAAGGUCCAAAUGCUAACCUUGUCAAGACAUUAGUAUUUUUCUUUUUGGAAAGUGAGUUACAUGAGCAUGCUGCUUACUUGGUGGACAGCAUGUGGGAUUGUGCAACUGACCUCUUGAAGGACUGGGAAUGUAUGAAUAGUCUUCUGUUGGAGGAGCCACUCAAUGGAGAAGAACCUUUAACAGACAAACAGGAAAGUGCACUAAUUGAAAUAAUGCUGUGUACCAUUAGACAAGCAGCUGAAUGUCAUCCCCCUGUAGGAAGAGGCACAGGAAAGCGGGUGCUUACAGCAAAGGAGAAAAAAGCACAGUUGGAUGACAGGACAAGGAUCACAGAACUUUUUGCUGUUGCACUCCCUCAGCUAUUAGCAAAAUAUUCCGUAGAUGCUGAGAAAGUCACCAACUUGUUGCAGUUGCCACAAUAUUUUGAUUUGGAAAUCUACACAACAGGGAGAUUAGAAAAGCAUUUGGAUGCCUUAUUACGACAGAUCCGAGAUAUUGUAGAAAAGCACACAGACACUGAUGUUUUGGAAGCUUGCUCUAAAACCUACCAUGCACUCUGUAACGAAGAGUUCACAAUCUUUAACAGAGUGGACAUUGCAAGAAGUCAGCUAAUAGAUGAACUAGCAGACAAAUUCAACAGACUUCUUGAAGAUUUUCUGCAAGAGGGUGAAGAGCCUGAUGAAGAUGAUGCUUAUCAGGUUUUAUCAACAUUAAAGCGAAUCACUGCUUUUCAUAAUGCUCAUGAUCUGUCAAGAUGGGACUUGUUCAGUUGUAACUACAAGUUAUUAAAAACAGGCAUUGAGAAUGGAGACAUGCCUGAACAGAUUGUUAUUCAUGCACUGCAGUGUACUCACUAUGUAAUCCUUUGGCAGCUAGCAAAAGUUACUGAGAGCAGUUCCACAAAGGAGGACCUUCUACGCUUAAAGAAGCAGAUGAGGGUGUUCUGUCAAAUCUGCCAGCACUACCUUACCAAUGUAAAUACAGCUGUUAAAGAACAGGCCUUCACUAUUUUGUGUGAUGUGUUAAUGAUCUUCAGCCAUCAGAUUAUGUCAGGAGGACGUGACAUGUUAGAGCCACUAGUUUAUACUCCUGAUUCGUCGUUGCAGUCUGAACUGCUGAGCUUUAUUCUUGAUCAUGUCUUCAUUGACCAGGAUGAUGAUAGCAACAGUGCAGAUGGACAGCAAGAUGAUGAAGCUAGUAAGAUUGAAGCUUUGCACAAAAGAAGAAAUUUACUGGCAGCUUUUUGUAAACUUAUUGUAUAUACUGUGGUGGAAAUGAAUACUGCUGCAGAUAUUUUUAAGCAAUAUAUGAAGUAUUACAACGACUAUGGGGAUAUUAUCAAAGAAACGAUGAGUAAAACAAGGCAAAUAGACAAAAUCCAGUGUGCAAAGACUCUGAUUCUCAGUUUACAACAGCUUUUCAAUGAAAUGAUUCAAGAAAAUGGGUAUAAUUUUGACAGAUCAUCACCAACAUUCAGUGGCAUUAAAGAAUUAGCUCGACGGUUUGCUUUAACAUUUGGACUUGAUCAACUGAAAACAAGAGAAGCCAUUGCUAUGUUACACAAGGAUGGCAUAGAGUUUGCUUUUAAAGAGCCUAACCCACAAGGUGAGAGCCAUCCACCUUUAAAUUUGGCUUUCCUUGAUAUAUUGAGCGAGUUCUCUUCCAAACUUCUCAGGCAAGACAAAAAGACUGUGUAUGUUUACCUGGAGAAGUUCAUGACCUUUCAGAUGUCUCUCCGAAGAGAAGAUGUGUGGCUUCCACUCAUGUCUUACAGGAACUCUUUGCUAGCUGGGGGUGAUGAUGAUACCAUGUCAGUCAUUAGUGGAAUCAGUAAUCGUGGAUCUACAGUAAGGAACAAGAAAACAAAGCCAGCCACAGGGAAGCGGAAACUACCUGAAGCUGAGGAAAGCAGCAGCAGUGACAGCAUGUGGAUGAACAGGGAGCAGACCAUGCAUACGCCUGUCAUGAUGCAGACACCACAGCUCACUUCCACCAUCAUGAGGGAACCCAAAAGGUUGCGGCCCGAAGAAAGUUACAUGGGUGUCUAUCCAAUGCAAGCUGAACACCAUCAACCUCCAAUCGACUACAACACACAGGUCACAUGGAUGUUGGCGCAAAGGCAACAAGAAGAAGCAGCCAGGCAGCAGCAGGAGAGAGCAGCCAUGAACUACGUGAAACUCAGAACUAACUUGCAGCAUGCCAUUCGACGUGGCACCAGCCUAAUGGAGGAUGACGAGGAGCCAAUUGUUGAAGAUGUUAUGAUGUCAUCCGAAGGACGCAUCGAGGAUCUCAACGAAGGCAUGGAUUUCGAUACCAUGGAUAUAGAUCUACCACCAUCAAAGAACAGGAGAGAAAGAACAGAGCUCAAGCCGGAUUUCUUUGAUCCUGCAUCAAUCAUGGAUGAAUCUGUUCUUGGGGUAUCAAUGUUUUAAUACCAGUACAACGAUAACUCCGUGGUGAAGUCAUUUUCUAAAGUGGAAGAGGAGAUUUUUAAAAUAAAAAAUUGUGGUAGAUACAGUGAUAUUCUGAGCAAGAUUUUUUUUCUCUAAGGAGAACGAUGUGCUUACAAGAUCCAGUACAUUGAAGGGGCAGUUUUGUUUGCCUGAUAUAUAAAGGACAAGUAAACAACUUGAGGAUAAGCUAUAGUUUCUGUUGGCAAACCAGUAUUUUAUUUAUGUAAUAUUAGUUUAUUUCCAAAUCAUAGUAAAUAUCACUUUUUUUAAAAAAAAAUCCUUGCCAUUGAGGAGAUGCUUGGUAUAUUUUCAAGCCUCCCUCUUUAUAAUCUGUUGGAUGCAUUCAUAUAAUUAUGACUUCUAGAUUAUUGUUGAAAACAUGAGCUGAAAUAAUGGGAUGGCUUGAUUUCGAACCAUGGCAUUUGCGGAACUCAGAGUUAAAGCAUUUUUUGAUGAGGCGCUUUAAAUUCUGCACCCAGAAUUGUAGCUUCAACAGAAGCUUUGUUUCAGUUAUGAUAAUCAUAGAAAGUAAUGAACUUGCAAGCUGAUUAUUUUACUCAAAAGCUUUUUAGAAUCUUAACAAGGAGAAGCGCAAAACAUCCCAACACUUCCUUAUUGCAUAUUCAUGAAAUAUUCAGGAACCAUAAACUGCCAGAAAGCACUGAGAUCAAUCCUCCUUACCCAUUAAUGGCCCUGAGAGUUUGCUUGUCCUUUAAGAAAAAUGUAAUGUUGUGAAAUUCCUUCCAGUAGUGGCCACUGUAUUUUGUCUCCAAAUAAAGAAGCUUAUUGUAGUAUGUUUGCAGAAAAAAAUUCUAAACAAAAAAAUAUACAGCUUAUUAGAGUGUGGGAAUAGGGGUCUAAAUUUUAAAUAAAGUAUAUAUAUAUAAAUAUAUAUAUAAAUUGGUGCUGAUUUUAUAAUUGCGCAGUUUGUUUAGUUUUUUCUUACUUUUAAAUUCCAACUUAAAAAUUAUGAGGUUUCAGAAAUAUAUUGAAAGUUUAACAAUGUUUAAAAAUAGAUAAGCAUGAGAAUUCAUGCUUUAAAAUGAUUUUUAAAUUUGUAUUUUAUAUUGUUUUAUCUAUCUCUGUCUUUGCAAGCAGUCUUCAGGUUUAAUGAUACUUCUAACAGGUUACAGUACAUUUCCUCUAUAUGUAAAUUGAAUUGGAAAUUAGAAAUUCAUCACUACCCCCAUAAUCUUUGAAAGCUAAGCUUUAAACUUCAUUUCAUGACUUCUUUCAUAAUUGAAUUUCAAUCAUUCUAAACAAAACAAACAUACGCGUGGAUCUAUGCCAUUUUGACACCAACUUAUUCUGCAAGGCUUAGGCAGCUAAACAUCACUUAAAGGAAAUGUUAACUUAUAUUACAUAUGUAUAUUUUUUGUCAGUUUUCUCUCAGUUCUUGAGGUAUAUUAUUUCUAAUCAUUCCAUGCGCCUUAAUACGCUUGCAAUACAAUAAUUUCCUCAAAUAAGCAAAUAUUAAAAGGCCUCUUACUCAUUCAACAAAUCCAAACCUUGGGCUGUGGUAGCCAUAAACCAUAGGUUCUCUAAAGGAUCAUGAUUACAUAAUUAUUUUGAAAAAUCAUGUUUUAACAAACACAGAACCAGACCUGCCUAGCUCCAUUUUGCAUAAAUACUAACUAUCAUGUCUAAAAGUACUGCCUAUAUUGCUUUCCCCCCUUUCACACCACUGCGUUUAAAUAGAACUGCUGAAAGGACUGAAUAUAUGAUUUUAAACUUAAGUUGAUUUUUUCUUACUCUUGAAGGAGUGUUUCUUUGUGAAAGCAGUUCUUACAGCUUUAUGUUUUCAAACUAAAAAUGUUUUAUAUAUUUACCUUAACCUGUUGUCCUCCACAUUCUAUUGUCCUAAUUGUACUGUUUUCUGAUUUGUAUUUAUGUCUUGAGACAAGUAACUUUUUGAAUAAAAAUAAACCUACAGUAUGUUGUAAGUUUGAUCUUUUUGAAUCAAGGGUAGAGGAAGAAAAAGAGUGUGAAUGGUGCAAAUGUUAUGUUUAUAAAAAUUAAAGCUUUUUCCAUGUCUUUUAAGUGUUUGUCUCAGAAUUGGGAUAAUGUAUGGAAAACUGCACUGUUUUAUAUUUGUAAUAAAUUGUACAAGUUUUUAAAAUGUGAAUAAAGCACUAAUUGGGUUAAUAAUUUAAA